GUUCUGCUCUUGUCUGACAGCUUGCUGAGAACACACGUGUGAGGGAGUAGUUUUCACCAUCUACAUUGAGAUGAGCGACUUCACCGCAAGCAGCUGCCAUGGUGACACGAGGGCGAAGAUACGGGAGCUGGUACACCUGGCCAGCUUCAUGACUAACGGUUUUCACAGAGAAUCCUGAUGUGGCCCAGCCAAUGGGGACUUGACAGUCACAGUGACAGUGGCAGUCGCUGGGAAACUGCCCGAGUGUGGACUACCUGAUGGUUCAUCCUGGACCUUUGGCUAUUUCAGUGUGGAUUGCCUGAUAUUUCAGUGUGGAUUGUUUGAAAGUUCAGUUCGGAUUAUCUGAUGGUGAUUUUUUAAUGGUCGACAGCAAGUAAGGACAGUGUGGAGCAAGAGUUAUGCCGACAGGGUGAACUGACAGUGUGAUUGCUGUCAUCUGACAGUGUGAUUGCUGUCACCUGCCAGUGUGACUGCUGACAGCCUGGUCAGCAUGCAGUCCUCAGUCCACGACCCUUGGCUCGUUUCCGUUUCCACAGGCAGGAGACGCAAAUCUUGAAGGUGGAUGAGUGUUGUGUAGUGCUCCUGUGAACACAAGUGUGUGAAGCGUGCCUCAGGGGGCGGGGAGAGCACUCUAACAUGCCGAAGACAGCCCCAUCAUGAGCUCCUCUUGUGUGGGAUACACCCAGGGGCUGGCAGUGAGGUCAGCAGCACUCCUUAUUCUGCUAUGGGCAUUCUUCUUGGCAGAUACAUGGGGUCAGAACCAGUGGUUAAAGAAACCACAAGAUGUGCUGGUGUCACGUGGUGGCAAUGUGACCUUUGAGUGUCAGUCUCCCAACAACAGCACCAAUAUUGUGUGGACACAGGGACCCAAGGUUGUUUUUAAUAAUGGCUACAGCACUGUGGUGACCCCUCUACACUUCUCUCUCACCACCCCCUUUACGCUGAGCAUCACCGGUGUGCAGGACCAGGAUGCCGGACAGUAUGGCUGUAACGUUCUGGACUAUGGCUCUGUCUCAGCUCAGCUAACUGUGGCAGUGUUGCCUGGUCUCCCAUCGCUGACUCUCAGUCACCUGGGGUGA